AUUUACUCUUUAACGUGACAAUGGCCCUUCAAGCUGCUUCUUUGGUCUCCUCUGCUUUCUCUGUCCGGAAAGAUUUGCAGGGAAAAUUAAAUGCUUCAUCUUCACCAUCAUUGAAAGAGUCUAGUCUAUUUGGUGUUUCACUUUCAGACCAAACCAAAGCUGAUUUUGUCUCUUCCUCCUUGAGAUGCAAGAGGGGACACAACUUGAGGAAUAAAGGAGCAACAAUUCGAGCUCAAACAAUCGCGACUUCAACCCCAUCAGUCACACCAUCUUCCUUAGACCGCAAGAAAACCCUUAGAAAAGGAAACGUGGUCGUCACUGGAGCUUCCUCGGGGCUAGGUUUGGCAACGGCAAAGGCAUUAGCGGAGACAGGUAAAUGGCAUGUGAUAAUGGCGUGCAGAGACUUCCUCAAGGCCGAGAGAGCAGCUAAAUCCGCAGGGAUGCCUAAGGACAGCUACACGGUGAUGCAUUUGGACUUGGGAUCUUUGGACAGCGUAAGGCAAUUCGUUGAUAACUUCAGGCGAGCCGAGAUGCCUCUCGAUGUACUGGUCUGCAACGCCGCCAUUUAUCAGCCAACGGCUAGUCAACCUACUUAUACUGCUGAAGGGUUUGAGCUUAGCGUUGGGACUAACCAUUUGGGACACUUUCUUCUCUCAAGAUUAUUGAUUGAUGACUUGAAGAACUCUGAUUAUCCAUCGAAACGUCUCAUCAUUGUUGGAUCCAUAACUGGAAACACUAAUACACUGGCUGGUAACGUACCUCCGAAGGCGAAUCUUGGAGACUUAAGGGGACUAGCUAGCGGAUUAAACGGGCUAAACAGCUCGGCGAUGAUAGAUGGAGGAGAUUUUAACGGUGCAAAGGCAUAUAAAGACAGUAAAGUCUGCAACAUGUUGACAAUGCAAGAGUUUCAUAGGCGUUUCCAUGAAGAAACUGGCAUCACUUUCGCUUCUCUUUACCCUGGUUGUAUUGCGACGACAGGUUUGUUCAGAGAGCACAUUCCUCUUUUCCGUUCCCUCUUCCCUCCUUUCCAGAAAUACAUCACCAAAGGUUAUGUCUCCGAGGCUGAGGCUGGCAAAAGACUUGCUCAGGUGGUGGGUGAUCCAAACUUGACGAAGUCGGGAGUGUACUGGAGCUGGAACAAGACCUCGGCUUCAUUCGAGAAUCAGUUGUCUCAAGAAGCUAGCGAUGUUGAGAAGGCUCGUAGGGUUUGGGAAGUUAGCGAGAAGCUCGUAGGCUUGGCCUAA